CAUCUCUUAAAUUUCAUACCCUUUUCUUCGUCUCUGGGUCGGUCUCACAGUCAUCUUCCACCACACUUACCUCCCGUCUUUCUCAUUUGCAGUUCACAUAUGUAUAUAUAUAUUUCACUUUCUUCUUCUUCUCUUCUGGCCAACUUUAUAUAUUUUAUUUCGUUUUCUUUCCUGCAACAACAACAUCAUCUCUCUCAUUCUUCAUUCAGAGUACAGGGAUAACUUUUGCAAGCUAAUCACAACCGAAAGUGGCGGGACAUGACCAGUCAGAUGGACUCUAAAGUUCGGUUCGUAAGGUGUCCAAAUUGUCGUCAGGUUCUUCCUGAAUAUGGGGAUGUUCUGAUUUAUGAGUGCGGAGGAUGUGGCACAAUUCUGCAAGCUAAGAAUCAGAAAACAGAUACCGGUGACACAGGAUCAAUUGUACAUGAAGCAGAUCCUACGCAGAAAAAUGGCCUGAACUAUUUGAUGAGUCCUUCUACAGACGAAUCUGAUUUGGAAAAAAUUCUUGAAAGGUGUGGUAAUGGUAUUAGUUGCAGAAAGGAGGAAAAUGGUGAUCCUAACCAGUCUCAUGAAUGUCAUAUCUCAGAGGUCAUUUCUUUUCAUGAGAAUACAGAGUCGUCUCCAGAAACGAGUGGACAUGCAGGAGCGGAGCAAGAUGAAUUUCCUUUGGUCAGAUAUGGCACAAAUUGCUGUAAUGAAGUAGGGGAUGAUGAUACUGAGCUCCCUGGAGAGGCAAGUGCCACCAAUAACAUGUUGUCAUCACCAGAUCUCAAUCGCCACGAGGACAAGUCAGUGGUACAGGAGCUUGGUAAUUUGUCACCAACAAAAAAGGAUGAAAAUCUGCACUCGUCAAAGAAUAUCAGUUGUGGAAGUCAAAAGUAUUCUCAAAAUUGCUUGAAAGAGUUGCCUACAAGCACAGGUUUUUCCGGGGAUCUUUCUUCGUGUUAUGAAUCUUGUGAAGAUGGAGAUCUUUCAUCGCUAUCAGGAACUGAUAAAGAACUGGAUGAAAAUCUGAGAAGUCAUUCGAGAAGUCUAGCUGCAGUAUCUUUUCUCCUGGAAAAUCCAGAAGACCAAAAAGCAAAGAGUUCCCCAGUUGCAAGUGAAUCAUUUCCUUUAACAGAACAGAGGAAACAACCUCAAGUUGAAACUUCUCUGGUCUUUCAGCGUUUAAGCUCCACUGAUACCUUGAAUAACGUUCCCCAAGUUGCUUCCAGAACUAAACUUGGUGUUACUCUUAGAUCCUCAACUGCGAAACUCUACUAUGAUCAUGGUGUUAGUACAUCUUGCGAGGAAACUGAAAAUAAAACUUCCAUUCAAAAUCUUCGUCCAUCUAGAAGAAACUUCAGGGAUGCUGAAUCCAGGAGUGCCAACGGAAUGCCUAAAAGGGAUGAAUUGCCACCUCGUCCAAUAAAUUCGUCAGCAACUUUAUUGGCUAAGAAACAUAAUACCACAAAAGGAAGCAAGGGGAGUCAAAAUGAACCUCAAGAAUCCACUGAACGUAGUCGUCGAGUUAGCAGUAAGAUGACAACUGAGACAGGUGAGUACUGGUCUAGACCUCCGAUCUAUUCAAAGGCCUCCCAAGUUCUCAGAAAUGGCAACUUUACAAGUUAUGAGCCAAAAGGUUUACCUGCAAGAAGCAUUGACCCUGAAUCAAAAACGCGACUGUUGAGAAUGGUCUAUGAACUGCAAGAUCAACUCAAGAGAGUUCAUAGCCCAGAAGGGAUGCCACAUAGUAGAAUUUCUAGCAGAGCUGCAAAGAAAGAACAAUUGCCCGCAUACAAUGGGGAAAUAUAUCCUGAACUGAGGUAUGCCUUCAACACGCGACAUCUAGAUCAAAUUAGAACUUCUUUUCGACAAGGUAAAGCACCACGGAUGGCAUUUUCAGGGGAUGCCAUACACUUUAGACAUGAAGUUGACUGCUCCUGUCUGCGUUGUUACCGUCAAAAGUGGCACUACUCAGCACAGCUGCCUCGACAUGCCUAUUAUGAUGAAGGGAAUACUGUGAUCUAUUCCAGAGGACCCAGAGACAGUGGUCACAGUCCCCACCAUUCUGCCCCUUCAAGUCCUUAUCAGUACAAGUCUUCCGAGUUCUCAUGGAGCCAUGAUACAAUGUUAGAUGGUAUACGUCAAAACAAUGAGGUAAAGAAGAAGCAGCAGUCCGCCAAGCAACACUUCCGACCAAUAGCUGGUGGAGCUCCUAUCAUCGGGUGCUACUGUUGCAAGGAAAUACUUCAGCUGCCAGCAGAUUUCCUCCUCUUUAAAAGAAAAUGUCAUCGGCUGAGAUGCAGUGCCUGUGAAGUGGUCUUGAAAUUUUCAUUAGUAAAACGGAUUCAUAUCAUUGAAUAUAAUCCUGAACCCAGAACACCUCCACCCAGUGAAGCUGGUGGGCAUACUGAGACGACUAAUUUGGCUUCAGCAUCUGGUGCAACUGAUCAUCAACGCGUUGAUCCAGUGUCAUCUUGUGAUGGCUAUGGCCAAUCUUCUCACAGGAGUUCCACAGAGAUGGAACAUUCCUUCCUGGCUCCUCCAUCUGAGACCUUGAGUGGCAUAUAUCUCCGCCAGAAAAUGUCAGCUGAUAAUCCUUUCGAGACCAAGAAAGAUGGGAAGAAACCUAUGGAGCAAGACUCCACAAACAUUUACAACAGUAGGAAAACCUUUGAGCUUGGAGAACCUUCAUCCAAGGUUUAUAAACCAGAGAAUAUGAUCUCAGAAAUCGAAGAAGUGCCACCAGAAGAUGGUUCUCUUCUUCAUCAGCUCAUGGGGUAUUCAUCUCCAGGACGUAUCAUAUAAGAGUUUUCAACCAGACAUCUGAUAAAAAAAUAUGUGCACUAACCGCCAACAUGUUCCUGGGAAGUAGUGGAGUAAAGUCUAAAGGAUUAAAGGCUAGACAAAUAUUAUAUACUGGAGGUUUAUACAUAAUGUUACAAUAUGUAUAUUAUUAUAUAGAUGAUCCUUAGAGUUAAAGUCAUAUACCAUUUGUUCAUUCACCAGCAUUGUUGAUUAUAUGAAAUUAGGAGUUCAAAUCUUAU